AUGCUCCCAUCAGAUUCGCAGAAACGUUUGGAGCAUUUGUUUCAACAUGUAAAAAAUGCGGUACAGCAUUGUGACAAAGAGAUAGCCAGAAGAAAUGAUGAAAUCAAAGAAUAUGAAGCCAUCAAAAGCAGACUUGAGGACAUGCCUAAAAAACUUUCGUACGAAAUAAUGGUUCCGUUCAGUAAAGUUGGCUAUAUGCAAGGGCGGCUCGUGAAUACCAAUAAGGUUUCCGUCUUACUUGGUGAUAAUAUCUUUGCCGAAGUUUCGUGCUAUUAUGCUUGCAAAAUAAUUGAUAGAAGGAUAUCAUUUAUUCGAAAGACGAUUAAGGAAUUUGAGCAACAAAAAAAAUUGGCUGAAUCACGAUGUGAGUUUGGCAAUAAACUAUUCAAAAAUAAUGACGGAAGUAUUGAGAUCAAUGAGCCGUAUGAAGAAGAGGUGGAGAGAGCACGGAGUGAGAAACUGCGAGCAACGAAGAAGGCUAAAGAGGCGCGAAAGGCUGUCUCUACUGAUGAAUUUGAAGCAAUGAUGAGAAGGUUGGAUGAACUGGAACGCCAAGAAAGAGAAGAACUUGAAAAAGAACGGAAUCUUGGAAUGGUAGAGGAUUCUACCUUGGGAUCUGCGAUAGGUCAAGAAGUAGAGAGUACUUCUGAUAAUGAUAGCGAAUUAGACUCUGACGACCUUUUGUCUCCGGCUCCUUCACCAACAUCUCAGAAGUCAUUCCUUGCUGGAGACGCUGGAGUUACUUCUCCUCAAAAAGAAGGAAAGUCUGUCAGAUUCAAAAAAACUCCGUCUUGUCGAGUUAUUCCGUCUCGACACUCAAGUUCUAAUGAACAGUUCGAAAAUAUGUCUUUUGAAGGAAAAAAAGACGAGGGGAAAGAUGCUCAGGAAGUGAAAUUACGUUCAAUACUUCGGAACAGUGACGAAAUUCCUUCGUUAUCGGCUUACGAAGAGAAGUCUUCUGUAGAUUAUGAAAAACCUCGUCAAAUUGUAUCAACUACAAAGAAGGCUUUUAGUGGAGUUAUUGUAGAAAGAGAUGUUGGGACAUUUAGUUCAAUUCCAAGUGAGGAGAAAACUGAUGAACCGAAAAGAGUAUCAAAGUUCAAGCAGUUGAGAAAUAAAAGGAUUUGUGAUACAUGA